CAGGUUUCCACCCGGAUCUCAGCAUGUCUGGCAGACAUCUCAUUUUGGAUGGCUGCUCAUCAGCUGAAGCUCAAUCUCAGUAAAACCGAACUGUUGUUUAUCCCUUGUGACUCAUCUCCAGGUCAAGACCUUGUGAUAUCCAUGGACAACAACCAAAUCACUCCCUCAACCACCGCCCGCAAUCUUGGGGCUACUCAGGUGCUUGUUCAGUCCCUUGUUAUUUCAAGACUGGACUACUGCAACUCACUCCUGGCAGGCCUGCCUCUGUCCACGAUUCGUCCUCUGCAACUGAUCCAGAAUGCAGCAGCACGACUCGUUUUUAACCUUCCCAAGUUCUCCCACACCACCCCACUCCUCCGCUCCCUUCACUGGCUUCCUGUAGCUGCCCGCAUCAAAUUCAAAACACUGAUGCUUGCCUACAAAGCCAAAAAUGGCCCAGCACCCACUUACCUCUCUGCGCUAAUUACACCACGCACUGCACCACGUUCCCUCCGAUCCUCCAGCACUCGAGGAUCGAGGGCGGCAUUCAUCCAGGCUCUUUUCUGUUCUGGCACCUAGAUGGUGGAAUGAACUUCCUCUAGAUGUCCGUACAUCAGAGACUUUGA